AUGCUUGGUUUAAUCUAUACCUCUGCCAGACUUGUGAAAUACCCAGUCCUCUACGGCGAGAACGCUUGGCGGAUUGGAGAGAAAACAAGGCAGAAUCUGUUUCAGGCUAUCAACAAUGCCAUGGACAUUGCCCUGGCAAGUGAUCCUACAGCAGUGGUGUUUGGGGAAGAUGUUGCAUUUGGAGGAGUAUUUCGCUGCACAGUUGGACUGCAAGAUAAGUAUGGCAGAGAUCGAGUCUUCAACACACCCCUCUGUGAACAAGGCAUUGCUGGCUUUGCCAUCGGAUUGGCAACAGCUGGUGCCACUGCCAUUGCUGAAAUUCAGUUUGCUGACUAUAUCUUUCCUGCAUUUGACCAGAUCUGCAACGAAGCAGCCAAGUAUAGGUAUAGAUCAGGAGAUCUCUUUGACUGUGGCCACUUGACUAUUCGUGCACCAUGUGGAGCUGUGGGACAUGGAGCCCUGUAUCAUUCUCAAAGCCCUGAAGCCUUCUUUGCACAUGUACCUGGCCUCAAGGUGGUGGUUCCACGAGGUCCCAUUGUGGCAAAAGGAUUACUUCUUUCCUGCAUUCGUGAUAAGGACCCAUGUCUAUUUUUGGAACCAAAAGUUCUGUAUCGAUCAGCUGUUGAACAAGUUCCAUCUAAGGAUUAUAUGCUUCCUCUGAUGAAGGCUGAUGUCCUCCAUGAAGGUGAUGAGAGCUGGUUCUACUACUACACAAUGCCUAACAAGACAGACAACAUGGUGUGGCUAGCUGAAAAUGAGCCCCGGCCAAAGAUUCUGCAACAGGAUUUCCGGUCAAAGAAACACCUGUUCACCAUGUUUUUUGACGAUGAAGGCCCUCUGUUGGUAGAUGUUCUACCUGAGAAGCAGACAAUGACUGGUGAUGAUGUGACACUUGUUGGUUGGGGAACACAGGUGCAUGUCCUCAGAGAAGUAUGUGAACUUGCUCAGGAGAAGCUUGGCAUUUCGUGUGAGCUGAUUGAUUUGGUGACCAUUUUGCCAUGGGACAAGGAAACAGUCAUCCAGUCUGUGAAGAAGACAGGGAGGCUGGUGAUAGCUCAUGAAGCCCCUCUCACUGGAGGCUUUGGAGCAGAAAUUGCAGCUAGCAUUCAAGAGGAAUGCUUUUUGCACUUGGAAGCACCAGUUCAGAGAGUGACUGGUUAUGACACUCCAUUUCCUCUCAUCUUUGAGCCAUUCUACAUCCCUGACAAGUGGAGAUGUCUGGAAGCCGUAGACAAGGUCUUCCACUAUUGACAACAAACUACAGAGGAACCUCAUGUCUAGUCUCUUGUGCAAUCUGAAUCCCAUGUAAUGAAAUUGAGGCAUACAGGCCUCUCUGGUUUCAUUCUGUUUAUCAAGUCAUUGUUUCCCAAUUGGUGACAGUCAAAAAAGUGCUCUAUGCUAAAUGAGAAGUGAGACAGCAAGAAGAAAAGGAGAUUUGAUAAAAUUCUAGGAAUCUGUCUUGGUGGUACUGAUGUGCUUCAUUUUUUUACUGAUAAACUUGUUAUUGGAAGGGAAAAACUUAAAGGAAAUGAAACAUGUAAAAGGUGUCUGGGGUGUGUUCACAAUCAAGAUAGCUAGUUUUGCAUCCUGAAUUCCAUGCUCAAUUAAGGACUUAAAGGCAUCUCCCCCUCAUUAAGGCAUGGGAACUACUUUUGAGAUGAAAAGGAACAGCCUUGAAAUUAUGAGAUAAGGUGAUGGAAUUGGAGGAUGCAUCUUUUAAGAAAGAUGCAAGCAAAGAUCACCAUACUCUGUUGGCCUCCAUUUCAUCUACAGGGUGGAAACAAAAUUGUUUAUCAAAAGGAAAAAUUCUAGAGGCUCAAUUACAAGACAGAGUUCACAUUAACUCAUUAUAUGGAAUCCCUGACUCAUAUUUGCAAAACACCUAAGUCCUUGGGACUCAUUGACAACCACCUGAACAUGUUCCCACUGAGCUGAAGCUAGGCGCCAGGACUCAACAUUUAAAAAAGCUAAUGUGAACCCUGCAAAAGUAAUGAAGUUGAAACUUUGCGGGGU